GGAUAGUUAAGUUGAGCACGGACAUAUGACACUCCAAUGUUUGGCAUGGAAAAUCACCGCAGUGACCGCACACAACCUCCGUCUGAUGCACAUAACACCGAGACUGUGCAACACCUUCCUAGAGUUCAGGAAUCGAUUAGGUGGCAGCUAUUAAGAAGGGCCAGGGAUAGACUGGCUGCUGUAAUCAGUAGGGAGCCCAUCGAUUUUGAAUAUCUCCACUUCAUCACCUAUCAGGAACUGCAGUUUUUAAGGGCAGGGGCAGCUUAUAUGGAUAUUCCUCAAUGUGUCAUAGUUGGCUUUGAGCAGCUCAAUGAGGUGAUCCAGGCUCUGCUUUCCAACACUCCCGUCACCCCUUUAGUUGACAAUGUAGCUGUAGUUGAGUGGAAUGGAAGUGUGGGGCAACCUAGAUUGAGUAUCAGUAGGGAUGUUAUUGAAAGUCUUUUAAGCACCAACCUACCAUUGACCACUCUGGCUAAUGUUCAUGGUAUUUCAAGAUCCACCCUGUGUAGGAGGAUGAGAGAGUAUGGUCUGUCAGUCAGAAGCAGCUACUCUGACAUUCCCGAUUGUGUCCUUGAUAUGAAGGCAAGUAUGACAGCAAAAUUCAUGAUGCCAUAAAAAACAAUAUUUUUCAUUUAUCCAUUAGGCCAGUUACAUUUUUACUUUAAAGAUGGAUAAAUCUGCAACCAGAGCUUUUGCCACCAUGUCUCCUAAAUGGGCAUGGUCAAAAUAAUAAGACAGUGGCAACAUUUUCCAAAGUGGGUGUGUCAUGAUAUGAGAAUAUGGAUUGGGGCUGCCUUGUUUGAAAUUCCACCAUCUUUGCUUAGUUCCCACUAGAAUCUGUGAUGUUGUUUAUCUAAUGAGCAUUUCCCGUCUGGCAGUAUUUUGUUAUUCAUUCUUGUUAUCAACAGUUCUUCUGUGGGGUAGGGAUGGAGGAUGGAAUUGGAUAAACCAAUCACAGAGUGGCCAUAUGUGACUUAAUACCUUUUAAACUAUCUUUAAGGUGAGAUCCAUAAAGGCCAGAAUGCCUGAUGCUGGAUAUAGGCUGGUGAAAGGGGCUCUACUGGCCAUGGGACACCGUGUCACAUGGAGUAGAGUCAAGUCAUCCUUGCAGCGUGUUGAUGGAGCAGGCAUCAUCUCAAGAAUAAUCCAGUUGACAUGCAUUGCCAGACGGACAUACUCUGUCCCAGCUCCAUUGUCUCUUGUCCACGUUGACACCAAUCACAAGUUGAUCAGGUACAACAUAGUGGUGUUUGGAGGUAUCGAUGGCUUUUCUCGGAAGGUUUUGUACCUCAAUGCGGCUGGGAAUAAUAAGGCAGAGACUGGUUUGAGGUUUUUCAUGGAGAGUGUGCAGAAACAUGGAUGGCCAUCAAGAGUACGCGGUGACCAAGGCGUAGAAAAUGUGGAGAUAGCAAGAUCCAUGUUCACUGUGCGAGGAACAGGUCGUGGCAGCUUUAUAGCUGGGAAAAGUGUGCACAACCAAAGAGUGGAACGACUAUGGAGAGAUGUGUGGAAUGCUGUAACAUCUCAGUACUACAACAUGCUUCAUACCUUGGAGGAAGAGGGGUUUGUAGACCUCUCAAAUGCUGUUCACCUCUUCUGUCUUGGUUAUGUUUUCAUUCCACGUCUACAAGCAGACCUUCAAAACUUUGUAGAGACAUGGAAUUGUCACCCCUUGAGGACCGAGGCAAACCUGACCCCUAAUCAGCUUUGGAGAAUUGGGAGGAUGCAAGUACCGGUGCAAGAGCCAGAUCUGUCUGAGAUGGAAUACUUGCAUGACCAGGAAGCUUGUGGUGCUGAUCCAGAACAUGGAACCAUAGUACCAGAAACUGGAUGCCCCUUGUCAGCUGAGGCUCUUGCUGCCUUACAAGAUAUUAACCCCACUGCAGAGUCCUCUUCUCUUGGGCGGGAUAUCUAUAUGCAUGCUCUUCAAUUGGUCUCAUUCCUUAUGUGAGAGCUGGAUAAGCAGUUUACAAAACAUAGCAUUUGUUUGUUUUGUAAUAUUGAACUCUGUAUUUGACCUCUUUGGAGUUUCUUGUAAGCCCAUAUGGGCUGGGAUUUUUGAAGCAUGACACUUAAAUUCAAUAAAUCAAUCAUAUCUA